AUGGCCCUCCAGUUUUCUCUCAUCCCUCUCUUCCACCGUAUUCAUUCUCAACUCAGACGACUCAUGAGCGACCAGCCUCCCCAACAAUCCUGGGCCGACAACUUUUCGAAGGAAGGCAGAGGCCUUCCCGUCGAUACUGUCAUCAAUGACUACCAAAACCGGGGCUGGGUCGCGCGCGACCUGUACAUUAGCGUGCUUAAAUUCUACAAGCACGACAAAGGCGUCGAACACGAGUUCUUAAUCGGUACCGUCGUUAACUCUGCUGGGAAGGAGGUCGGAUUUAUCUUGGUCGAGCGCCAAGGAGCGAGGAUUGGUCGGGGUGCUUCCGCGAAGCCAUUGAACGCCGCAUUGGGUUCUUCCGGUAGUACUGCUGCUCCUCCUGCCCAUGACGUUCUGUUUAUGGGACGAAAUCAUGGUGCUCUGCUUAACCUCGCCGGUCGCACUGCCAGGUCUACCGUACACGGCUCAUACACAGUGCCACCGGAAAAGCGUGCAGACUCGAUCGCCUCCCUCCUUGCGGCUUGUUUUGUCGCUCACGAAAUUAAGGAGAAGUACGAUGCCUUCGAGACUAACUGCUACUGGUUUGCCGGCGUGGUGUACAAUCUGGUCACGGGCGACAACAUCAAUAUCAACUCGGACAGCACGCGCACAGUGCCGAUUGUGCGUGAUGCUCUGCCCGAGGGUGAUAUUCAGCUCGAGCCUCGUUCUCUUCCCCAGGCAGGUGGUGCUCAGUCUGAGGAUAAUAUUCAGGUCGCGCAGGACGAUUCUCAGUCUCAGGUUCCUCAGCGCUCGAAAACAGGGCACUUUGGAUCGCUUGCCAUUGUUCGUCCUGCGGACAUCAGAGCUGAUGCGGAUGAGAUACGGGCCGACUUCAGGAAAAAGACGGAAGAAAUAGUGAGUGCACAGAAGUACUUUGGGAAAUUGCCGGAGGAGUUGGCGAGUCAGACGGCCAGGGCGAACAUGGCGGACGCGAGAGCGGACACAGAGGAGAGGCUAAAAAAGGAGGAGAGCGCCAGGGCGGAGGAGGAGAGGCUGAGGGCGGAGGAGGAGAGGCUGAGGGCGGACACGGAGGAGAGGCUGAAAAAGGAGGAGAGCGCCAGGGCGGAGGAGGAGAGGCUGAGGGCGGACACGGAGGAGAGGCUGAGAAAGGAGGCGGACGCGAGAGCGGUCACAGAGGAGAGGCUGAGAAAGGAAGAGGAGAGGCUGAGAAAGGAAGAGAGUGCCAGGGCGGACAGGUUGGCCAAAGAGAACGCCGAGAUGGCGAAGAAACUUGCACAGCUUCAAGAGGCAUACACCAAAGGUGCAGCUGGUGCAUCGGGCGUGACAGAAGCCCGCACUACGCCUCCGUCUAGUCGUUCCAGCAUGGCUUCCGCGUUUAAGAGAGCUGUCUGA